UUGAGGUUACGCAGUGGCAAGCUGAUUUCGCUGUUUGUUUACAAUUGCGUUUAAUAAUGGAAGUGCCGCUAACUGAAUUCACUGCAAUCGACUUGGAGCGCGAGCUCUAUGCCUAUGGCCUGAACAAGGAGGGCACAAAGCAGGAGCGCUAUGAGCGUCUGUUUACAGCUCGUCACAAGCUGAACUAUCCACACCUGCGACCAAGGCGACCGGCAAUCUCAAAGUUUGGUGCCCGGGUGCAGCUUGAUGACUUUGCUGAGAUUCGGGUUUAUAGACAGGCUGAGUGUGACAUAUUGGCCAGUAAGUUGAAGUGGCGCAUCGAGCAGGUGCGCAGAACAGAGGAUAAUGAGAGUUUGGAGUACUUUCAUCCCGAGCUCUUGGAGCGAAUUGAUCGCAGGAAAACCUAUAUGAUCAAUAUGGAAGAAUUUGUGGUGCGAAAAAACCCAUAUGUUCACAAGAUAUUCACAAUAUUUGUAUCUCGCACCACGGGAGAGGAUCUUACUCUGUUGUAUGCGAGGAGCAUGGUACAAUUAGCCACCAUGGAAGAAGUUGAUAGUGACAGCGUGGAUUUAUCAUUAGUCUCAAACGAUAAAAAGAAAGGUGAAGAGGUCAAACGUAAAGUUCCGGAAAAAGCUAUCAUCUCGCCCCAGAAUAUUGCCAAAGCCUUGGGUUACAUAUUGAGAGAGCUGAAGAAGAAGACAAUAACUAACUAUGUAGGAGUUGUAUGCGAUUACACGAGAAUGCACAUGAAAGUUGUGACGGAAUUGAUCGAAUCCAACGGACUGCAGAUGCCGCCGUUAGUCGAUGAUAUUCGUGAUCUGCAGAGAGCAUUGAGGAACAUGUUCGCCCCGACUAGUGUGCGCAUCGCAAGUCUUCUCAUCACUGAGUUGUAUACGGAGGCCACCUACAACGAGCAAAUGAGCACAAUUUGCAAUAAGAACACCACAAAAGAUAAGACAGCUGUGGCCCCAUUGGAUGAAUUUAUAGUACGACUCUCGAAUAUUUUGCGGGACAUGUGGAAGCACGAGGAGCACGAAAAGAAAUCCAUCUCGUUGGUAUGCUUAAACAACAAGAUGGUUAAGAUAUAUGGCCGUCACGUGAGCAGGGAGCUGCCUCCCAUAACGUACGAGGAUUGUGCAGCUGGCGCUGGGCUGCUGCAGCUGAUGGUAUUUGAUGCCUUGUGGUGCAUCACACCCGAACUGGAGCCCGAAGAGAUCUAUGCGAAUCCAACAGUCUCUUCGCAUGCCUCAUAA